CCUGUGCCCAAGGCCAUGAAGCUGGGACUCACCUUAGUGCUGUUCUCUCUGCUGGCAGGCCACUGUGGAGCUGACACCCGCGCCGUGGGAGCCCGGGAAUGCCAGCGCAACUCUCAGCCCUGGCAAGCCGGCCUCUUCUACCUCACCCGGCAGCUAUGUGGAGCCACGCUCAUCAAUGACCAAUGGCUGCUCACAGCUGCUCACUGCCGCAAGCCGUACCUAUGGGUUCGCCUCGGGGAACAUCAUCUCUGGCAGUGGGAGGGCCCUGAGAAGCUGCUUCUGGUCACAGACUUCUUCCCCCAUCCUGGGUUCAAUCCGGAUCUCUCUGCCAAUGACCACAAUGAUGAUAUUAUGCUGAUCCGGCUACCUCGGAAGGUCCGGCUGAGCCCAGCUGUGCAACCCCUCAACCUCAGCCAGAGCCUGCCGUCUGUGGGCACCCAGUGCCUUAUCUCUGGCUGGGGCAGUGUGUCAAGCUCCAAAAUCCAGUUUCCAAUGACACUGCAGUGCGCCAACAUUAGCAUCCUGGACAACAAGCUCUGCCGCUGGGCAUACCCAGGACACAUCUCUGAGAAGAUGCUGUGUGCUGGCCUGUGGGAGGGUGGCCGAGGCUCUUGCCAGGGUGACUCUGGGGGACCACUGGUGUGCAAAGGAACCUUAGCAGGAAUAGUGUCUGGGGGAUCUGAGCCUUGUUCCAGACCCCAGAGACCUGCUGUCUACACCAGCGUCUUCCACUACCUGGACUGGAUUGAAAACACCGUGGAAAAAUACAACCAUAACAACAAGCUUAUUUGAGUCCACGCUAAAGACAGACUGGAGAGGAAGAUGGAUGUAGAACAAGAAGACCCUGCAGGAGUCCACAGCCCCAGCUUCUCUGAUGUGUGUCAAAACUCCCUCAGAAACUCCGCCCCUCAGACUCUGACCCUCAGAGUCACUCCUUAGGCUCCGCCCAAAGACUCCACCCACUUAGGUCAUCUUCCCUC